UCAGCCGCCGGCGGCGCUGGGGCCAGGCUUGGGGCGGAAGCCGGAGCCGGACACGGAGGAGCAGACGCUGGGCCGGGGCGGAGUGCAGUGCCGCGCAGGACCGAAAGGAGGGGCGUGUUGCCGCCGGCCCCCUGCAAGCCACCCCCGAGCCUGCCCCGAGGCGCCCUCCAGCCAGGCCGCCUGCCUCCGCCUUCCGCUUCUCUCCAUUUCCCCGGAAUCUCAGCCGGGCCGGCGCUCCUGCGUCCGGCCCUUCCCUGCGAGGGCACGCUCCCGACCGCUUUCCGCCUUCACUGCUGCCUCGCACCCUGGGCUUCCAGCCCCCUCUGUCCUUCCCCCGACUGGAUCCUACCCUCUCCUACCCCUUCCUUUAGCUCAGGCUCCCUGCCCCUCGCCCUAGCAGAGUCCCAGCUCCUCACUCACUUUGCUCUGGCUCCCAGCCCUCCCUCCUUCUCUUCCUUGCCUGGGUCCAGCCUAUCCUGCCCCUUCCUGUGUCCCUCGGGCACCCUCUCUUCCUCUCUCGCCCUUUCCCAGGCCUGGAGUUGCAGACCUUGGGUCGCUCCCCGCGGUGCAGCCUGCGUCCUGUCCCUCUUUCCCAGCCUGGAGUUCUGGAGAGAACCCAGCCUUCCUCCACCCUCGGAGGACUGCUUCCAUUCAAAUACCUGAGACAUGAACUUUCUCUAGAGACCGCCCCAGUGUCUCUCGCCACCCACUGAUCCUUGCUACCUAUGUCCUGGGUCUUGCUGUCACUCUGCUGAGCUUGGGGGUCUCCGGGGCUGAGUGAGCAGCAUGCUGCUUCUGUGGUCUGGCAUCUGUGGCCUCUCGCCACCGCGCCCCUUCCCUUCCUUGCUGCUGCUGCUGGCCCUGCUGGGGCUGCCUCCCAUCCUCAGGAGCCAUGGCCUCCAGCUCAGUCCUACCGCCAGCACCGUCCCCCCUCCUCGGGAACGCUCCAUGGGGGAUGUCACCACAGCCCCCCCUGAUAUCAUCCCCGAGAGCCGCCCUGUUAACCGGUCAGUCACCGAGCAUCACUUGAAGGCCCGAAAGGCCUUUCCCGUGCUGGGCAUUGACUACGGGCACGUGCGCACGCCCUUCGAGAUCUCCCUGUGGAUCCUGCUGGCCUGCCUCAUGAAGAUAGGUUUCCACGUGAUCCCCACCAUCUCGAGCAUCGUCCCCGAGAGCUGCCUGCUGAUCGUGGUGGGGCUGCUGGUGGGGGGCCUGAUCAAGGGCGUGGGGGAGACCCCGCCCAUCCUGCAGUCGGAUGUCUUCUUCCUCUUCUUGCUGCCGCCCAUCAUCCUGGACGCGGGCUACUUCCUGCCGCUGCGGCAGUUCACAGAGAACCUGGGCACCAUCCUCAUCUUCGCCGUGGUGGGCACGCUGUGGAACGCCUUCUUCCUGGGCGGCCUCAUGUACGCCGUGUGCCUGGUGGGCGGGGAUCAGAUCAACAACAUCGGCCUCCUGGAGAACCUGCUCUUCGGCAGCAUCAUCUCGGCCGUGGACCCCGUGGCCGUGCUGGCCGUCUUCGAGGAAAUCCACAUCAACGAGCUGCUGCAUAUCCUGGUCUUCGGGGAGUCCCUGCUCAAUGACGCCGUCACUGUGGUCCUGUAUCACCUCUUCGAGGAGUUUGCCAGCUACGACCACGUGGGCAUCGUGGACAUUGUCCUAGGCUUCCUGAGCUUCUUCGUGGUGGCCCUGGGCGGGGUGUUUGUGGGCGUGGUCUACGGGGUCAUCGCCGCCUUCACCUCCCGGUUCACCAACCACAUCCGCGUCAUCGAGCCACUCUUCGUCUUCCUCUACAGCUACAUGGCGUACCUAUCCGCCGAGCUCUUCCACCUGUCAGGCAUCAUGGCACUCAUUGCCUCGGGUGUGGUGAUGCGCCCCUACGUGGAAGCCAAUAUCUCCCACAAGUCCCACACGACCAUCAAGUAUUUCCUGAAGAUGUGGAGCAGUGUCAGCGAGACCCUCAUCUUCAUCUUCCUCGGCGUCUCCACCGUGGCCGGCUCCCACCACUGGAACUGGACCUUCGUCAUCAGCACCCUACUCUUCUGCCUCAUUGCACGUGUACUGGGUGUGCUGGGCCUCACCUGGUUCAUCAACAAGUUCCGCAUCGUGAAGCUCACACCCAAGGACCAGUUCAUCAUCGCCUACGGGGGCCUGCGCGGGGCCAUCGCCUUCUCACUGGGCUACCUCCUGGACAAGAAGCACUUCCCCAUGAGCGACCUCUUCCUCACCGCCAUCAUCACCGUCAUCUUCUUCACCGUCUUUGUGCAGGGCAUGACCAUCCGGCCUCUGGUAGACCUGCUGGCUGUGAAGAAAAAGCAGGAGACGAAGCGUUCCAUCAAUGAGGAGAUCCACACCCAGUUCCUGGACCACCUUCUGACAGGCAUUGAGGACAUCUGUGGCCACUACGGCCACCACCACUGGAAGGACAAGCUCAACCGGUUCAACAAGAAGUACGUGAAGAAGUGCCUGAUCGCGGGCGAGCGGUCCAAGGAGCCCCAGCUCAUCGCCUUCUACCACAAGAUGGAGAUGAAGCAGGCCAUCGAGCUGGUGGAGAGCGGGGGCAUGGGCAAGCUUCCCUCCGCCGUGUCCACGGUCUCCAUGCAGAACAUCCACCCCAAGGCCCUGCCUGCCGAGCGCAUCCUGCCGGCUCUGUCCAAGGACAAGGAGGAGGAGAUCCGCAAAAUCCUCCGGAACAACUUGCAGAAGACCAGGCAGCGGCUGCGCUCCUACAACAGACACACGCUGGUGGCAGACCCCUACGAGGAGGCCUGGAACCAGAUGCUGAUCCGGAGACAGAAGGUCCGGCAGCUGGAGCAGAAGAUCAACAACUACCUGACGGUGCCUGCCCACAAGCUCGACUCGCCCACCAUGUCCCGCGCCCGCAUUGGUUCAGACCCCCUGGCCUAUGAGCCAAAGGCCGACCUGCCCGUCAUCACCAUCGACCCGGCCUCGCCACAGUCACCCGAGUCCGUGGACCUGGUGAAUGAGGAACUGAAGGGCAAGAUCUUGGGGCUGAGCCGGGACCCGGCCAGACUGACGGAGGAGGACGAGGACGAGGACGGAGGCAUCAUGAUCCGGUCCAAGGAUACCUCCUCCCCCGGCACCGACGAUGUCUUCACGCCCGGGCCCAGCGACAGCCCCAGCUCCCUGAGGAUACAGCGCUGCCUCAGCGACCCCGGCCCGCACCCCGACCCCGGGGAGGGCGAGCCUUUCAUCCCCAAGGGCCAGUAGCGCCAGGAGCGCGGGUGGUGGCCGCAUAGACUCUCCCACCAGAGCCAGAGCUGCUGGAGGGGGCGGGGUGCGGGGGGGGUGGUCCCUCGACCUUUGUCCCCUGGCCUGGCCCCACCUCUCCCCACUGCAUGGCCCCCCGGGCCCACUGCCCCAGCCCCACACAGCACGGCUCCCCCCGGCCUCCCCCUGGGCAGAUUGGCGGGGCUGGCGAAGCACCCGGGGCCAGGCUCUGGGCACCUCAGCCGCACCCCCUGCCCCAUCUCCCUCCGCCUCCGAAACCAAUCUUCAUUUUAACCAAAGAGCCUCGGCUCAGCCUUGGGCCUGGCUGGGAAGGGAAGGAGUCGGGGGGGGGCCUCCCUGACAGGGAGCACUGGACUGAGGGGGGAGUGGUGACCCUUCUCCUGCCAGCUCUGUCCCCCUGGCUGGCCACCCGGCCCGUCCUUCCUCAGAGCCGCAGGCUGAGCGCCUCUCCGAGCUGCGCUGUCUGGAGCUGGGGCACUCUGGACAGGGACAUGCUCGGAGCUUCCCAAUGGGACCACCCUCGGGGCUGCUGCUGGGGGAGGCCCCGGCCCGGGACAGCGCUGCCUUUUCUCUGUUGAAUUUGUCCACGCCUCCCCGGGACUCCCCGCACACAAGGGGUUCCUGUUUGAAACCCCCCCGCAGCUGAGCAGAGCUCUGGCGCCCCCCACCCCGCACCCAUGCACCCCUUCUCUGUGUGCCCAUCUCUCCUACAUGCGCUGCCCCCACACCCUCACCCCUGCUUCCAGGUUCUCCCUCAGCUCUGACGGCAGAAAUGAGCCCCCCGGCUCCAAUCAUGAUUCUGACUGGCAGAUGCUGGGCCCUCCGGAGCCUUCUGUGCUCUGAGGCCCGACCUCAGUUCCUGCUGGUCUGUUCUUCCCGCCGCUCUCAUUGGGCCCCCCGGAACCUCCAUUUCACAGGCAGCGCCCUCGGCUUGCUGUGGAACCCGGUGCUCGGGGGAGAAGGCUCUGCUGAGAGCAGCCAGAGUCCUGGGCCCCCCACAAGCACACACUUGCAGCCCCACUGCCGCCGAGGCCAGGCCCAGGCCUGCUAGCGUCUGUCCUCCCGCCGGGGCACCCCCUUCCCAGGAUCGUGCAAUAGUCGAGUCCCUCCUCCCAGCAGACUGGGCAGCGGGUGCUCCUCUGCCCCCCACCCCUUCACUCCAUGCAAGUGCUGUUUGGGGCAGGAGUCACCCCGCAAAGGUGACGUUGACAACCACAGUCAAAGCCACCACAGCCGCUGCUGCUCUGCCGCCUGUACAGAAGAAACAGAAUCUUUUUCAUAUUCUAAUAAAUCCGUGUGAGUUUUUUAUAAGA